CAGCCGUGACCAUCAUCCCCCGAGACGUGUUUCGUCUGGUAGCGCUCGACCAGUGUCACUAUACCCUUCAUAGGCUACGACGUUUCGAAGAAGUUAUCGUCGGGGUUUACGAGUCGGUAGUUGCAAGCUGGUAGAUUCGACCGUCAAAUCGUUUCUGCGAAUUUUCGAUCAUGGAUGGAUGAAAGAAGAAAGAGUUAGAGUUCUUUGAGUGAAAUUUUCUUUUCUUUUUUUUUGGAGAACAAUGGUGAAAUCGUAGAGAUAACGAAGAAGAUCAGAAGUUUACAAAACUUUCGGCGAACAAGAGUGAAGUUCUAAACUUCGUACGUAAAGAAAGAUCACAAGUGCCACGCUGUUUUUCUUCAUUCAUUUUUGUUUGGAAGACAACUAUAAAAUUGUAGAAUCUGUUUUAAAGAAGAAUGUAGAAAACGAUCGCGAGAGAUUCUUACUUUGAUUACUCUUUUUUGUUGUAAAUUCGUUGUAAAGAGAUAAGGAUAAAAAUUAUAAAUGUAGAAAGAACGCAGAGGUUCUUCGGAUGGAGUCUUCCACCAUUUUCUGAAGAACGUAGAAAAUGAUAGGCUAGAUGUGUUGAAAAAGUGACAGUGUCGAACGUCGAAAACUGUCUUCUGUCCGCGCGACGGAAUACUUGAAAGCGGAGUUUAUAUCGUUCGAGGAUUUGAAGGAAAAUCGCGGACAUUUCGCGAGAAUGCGUUAGAAUGUUGUCGUCCUCGGUCUCCGGAACUCCGUUCAGCGUCCGUGACAUUCUCAGCGAGGAUCAGCAACUCGGAAUCAUGGAUUGCUACCCUCCUGUCCAUCAACACCAGUUCCAGCAGCAGCACGUGCCUCAGGAAUAUUACGGUUACAACAUCGUGCCAGAUAACAAUUGGGACGCAGAGAAGUUCAAGGAGCAAUCGAUGAUGCCGACUUACGCUCACUAUCCUGACUUGACGCACGUUCAUCAUCAGCUGAAUCAGAUCGCUCCUCCGUAUCAGGAUUCACCGGUUACAGAGGACGGUAACGUGGUCACAUCGAGCAAAACAGAGCUGCGGAAAAGUCAGUCUGGCAAGAGGACGAAGAGGAAGCCGAGAGUGCUGUUUUCUCAAAACCAAGUGUACGAGCUGGAGCAACGAUUCAAGCAGCAACGAUACCUGAGCGCCCCGGAGCGAGAGCUGCUCGCCCAGACUCUAAAACUGACCAGCACCCAGGUGAAGAUCUGGUUCCAAAACCGACGGUACAAGAACAAACGCGCGAGGCUGGAGGACGCGGAGAAACUGCAGGCGCAGAACAUGAAGAACCAAUCGCUGAAGAAGAUCCACGUGCCAGUGCUGAUCAAGGAUGGCAAGCCGCAUCUUCAAGAAUCCUACAAUCCUCCCUACUGGUCCAACAUCAGGCCAGCGGAGCUCGGCGUCCCGUUGCAACCGGACUUCCGAAUGAACGAAAUACGACUGAGCCCCGAAUUCAGAUCGACCUCGAACGACCCGAGGAUGGACACGAGUAUCAGCCCGGAAUUCAAGACGGAAAUCAGCUCCGACCUUGCCGACAAGUCAGCCAGCUUGAACGGAGAGAUACAAGCCAGACAGCACGUGCUCGUUAGCACGGAUUUCAGGAACAAUUUGGCCACGGAUCCACGAGUCGGUGUGCACGACUGUCACAGGCAAAUAAAGGGGAACGCGAGCAGCGUCAACGGCGAUGUUGCGGCGUUUUCGGAUUUGAAGAGCACCUCGACGGAGAGUAAAAUUAUGACGAGCGACGGCAGACCGAUGAUGGACGUUUCGGGAAGCGAUUACGGAUUCCCCAAUUACUUGCCACCGGCCAAUUACCAGAUGCAGUACGUUAAUUACAUGGAACAGAUGCCUAUGGACCAGAAUCUCCAACGAUUGUGGUAGGAAAGGAUUUGUUUCGGAAGCUAACGCUUCGAUCUCUGAGCUAGGCUACGUAAAUUUUGUAGAAAAGUCGAAACAAUUUCUUGAGGAGACACGCACAGAGUGGAUUGAUCGGUGAAAAGUAUUACAUUGUACGAAAUUCAAGGGAACACGACAGCGUUUCUAGAUUUUAGAUUUGCACUUGCGAGUGAACCACAGACACGGGUUAGAUGGUAAGGAAUUGUUUAAAACGGCGAGAGAAUCGAAAUGUCGAGAGUGUUGUUUCUGCAACGAAUCACGUUUCACGUUUUCGUCAAUCUUUAAUAUUCCCAGAUAUAAAUUACGUUUUUUCUCUCGAAUGGCAUCGUCGAAUUGCAGGUAACUCGCAAUGCUUUAGACAAUUUCAUUUAAUUUAUAUCAACAGUUUCGUUCUUAUUCCGUAUUUUGCAAGACGAAGAUCAUCAAUAACAUUAAUUAUACAGUUAAAACUUGCACACUCCAAAAUAAGAAACGAGAUAAUAAAUAAAAAAGAAAGAGCAAAGAAUAGACCAAUCUUCAUUCGCAAGUCUCGAACAUUAGACAACGUUGCCAAACAGGUAGCCAAAGAGUAAUCGCGGAUGGUGCAUCUUUUAAUCGUCAACGAUUGCAGUAACAUUAAGAUCGAUAUAGAUUUAGUAAGACCUUCGAGCAGCUGUGUAUCAUUUUCUUCUUUUUUUUUUUUCUUUUUCUCCUUGUGGUUCUCGUUUAGUUAGGUAAGAUAUCCUCCUUCCUUCGAAAUGGUAACGCGCCGCUCAAGAGGCUCGAACGGAAAUUACUUCAAGUGGCUUUUGCGGAAACAUCAGUUACCCGGUAUUCCGCAGACCUCGUCCUUCUCGUGAUUCUAUUUUUUUUUUUUUUUUUUUUUUUUCACUCGAUAAACCGGUUCUUCAAUCCGACAAACACAUUCGUCUGUGGAAAAUUCGCGAAUAGCUUCGCUUCGAUUACUGUACAACGAAAUCUUCCUCUCCGAUCGAAAAUCUGCGAUUCUGUUGUUGCAGUUUCGUAGAUAAAGAUGUUCAAAGAGGAAAAUAAAUAAAUG